GGGGGGGGGGGAGGCGGGAGGAAUCUCGUAUUUAUAUCAUUGAUGGCUCAUACCUACUUGAACUGAUUACUUCCUCGCAACUUUUCUCUUUCUUUACUCAAUUGCGCGCAACAUUCAUCUAAACAUUGACCUCCAACCUAUACCUACUUCGAUAUAUCAUCAUGGGUUUCUUCGGUUUUGACGAAGCCAAGUCGGCCCACCGCGAAUUCUACUCCGAGCGUGACGAAGAGCCAAAGCUCUCGCACGAGCUUCUCGGCGGCGCCGUUGCCUUCGAGGCCAUGCACAUGUGGGAGAAAGAACAGCGGCGCGAGGGUAAACCCGUCAACCACGGCGUGGCCAAGGAGGCGCUUGCUGCCCUGGCUGGGGCCGAAGUCGACAAGAUGAUUGAGCGGAGGGGAUUGGAGGGAAAGGUGGAUCGCGAAGAGGCCAAACGGCAUGCUAGGGAGAAGGCGCACGAUCUGUAUGAUCGGCAGUAUGGAGAGAGGGACAUGUAUGAUCCGUGAGUCUCCCCUUUCCUUGCAUUCUCUGAUUGA